AUGGGUGAAACUCCAGGCACAGAUGUGGGUCAAGAGACUGAGUCAAGGGUGGCCAGGCGCCCUAGAGGCAACUUGGCCACUCCUUCCUCAGUGGAAGGACCUUCAAAGAAGGCCAGGAGUAGAACUCAUGAAACUGCUUUUCCUAUUUCGCUAGGAACCUCAUUCAGGAUCAUCACCAGCUCACAGCAUCUGAACAAGAUUGACGCCGUUUUAAGAAGUAGAGAGAUUUUCUUGGGUAGAUUGACUAAAUUUUUUGAACUAAGAGGCUUAGUAUUGAAGACCCCUGUUUUGGAAUGCCGAAAAGUGGAUUUACACUCACUUCACCACGCCGUGGCUAGACAAGGAGGGUACUGCAAAGUCUCUGAACAAAACAAAUGGGUGGAGGUGGCCAAGGAAUUGCAUUACAAGGAUAUCGAGCCUAUGGCCUUGGCCCUGCAAGAACAUUACAAAAAAUUAUACUCCCAUAUGUGAGUGUUGUAAAAGGAUCAGAUGCAAACUCUUCCGCUUCUAUGCAAGGUGUGACCCAGGA